AUGGAAGAUCACAAAGAUAACGAUUCCAUCUUACUGAAACACGGGUGGUGUGAAAUGCUUAAGGGAGGAGUAAUAAUGGACGUGAAGAAUGUAGAGCAGGCAAAAAUAGCGGAAGAAGCUGGUGCGAUCGGAGUAAUGGUCCUGGAGAACAUCCCUUCGGAGCUUCGCAGUAAAGAAAGUGUAGCGAGAAGCGUUGAUCCAAUACGCAUAGGCCAUUUUGUGGAGGCACAAAUUUUAGAAGAACUUAAAAUCGAUAUGAUUGACGAAAGUGAAGUAUUAACAAUGGCUGAUGAAAAUAACCAUAUCGAUAAGCAUAAAUUUAAGACCCCUUUUGUAUGUGGAUGCACGAAUUUAGGGGAAGCUCUGCGAAGGAUUUCAGAAGGAGCUUCUAUGAUAAGGACCAAGGGAGAAGCAGGAACAGGAAAUAUAAUUCAAGCUAUAAAACACAUAAGGACAGUAAAGAACGAAAUUAACUACCUCUGUGCGUUAAGUGAAAACGAAGUGUAUAAUUACGCUAAAAGGAUUAAUGCUCCUUUGGAUCUUCUCCUUCUCACAAGAAAGUUAAAGAAAUUACCCGUUGUCAAUUUUGCAGCUGGAGGAGUUGCCACCCCGGCAGAUGCCGCCAUGUGUAUGCAGCUAGGAAUGGACGGCGUCUUUGUAGGGUCCGGAAUUUUCGAAAGUGAGAACCCCAGGAAAAUGGCCACCUCCAUUGUUGCCGCCGUGAGCAACUUUAAUAACCCCAAGAUACUCCUAAAUGUCAGCCUCAACUUGGGCAAGGCCAUGUGUGGAAGCACCACCAUAUGCGAAAAAUGGAAGAACAAAAAUGAGGAGCUGAAUUAG